AAUAAGAACGGGGAAGGCCGGAAGGGAGAGAGCGAACUCAGCGCAGGAAGGGGGAGUUAAAGAAGGGCAGAGAGAUGGAAAUGGACAGCGAGGAGAACGGAGGGGCGGCGGCGGCGGCUGGGGGACUGGCGGCGGUAGCGGAGGAGGUAGGGGUUGAGGAAGUCGGCUCGAGCUUGACGAUGGAGCGGGUAGCUGCCGCGAAGCAGUUUAUCGAGAACCACUACAGGAACCAGACGAAGAACAUUCAGGAACGGAAAGAACGCCGUUGGUUCUUGGAGAGACAAUUGGCUUCUUCACAGGCUCCUAAGGAGGAGAAAGUCAAUUUGUUAAAGGAUCUUGAGAGAAAGGAAACAGAGUAUAUUAGGCUUAAAAGGCACAAGAUCUGUGUUGAUGAUUUUGAGUUACUAACCAUAAUUGGAAGAGGAGCUUUUGGGGAGGUCAGACUCUGUCGGGAGAAGUCCUCCGGGAAUAUAUAUGCAAUGAAAAAAUUGAAGAAAUCUGAAAUGGUUAGCCGGGGACAGGUGGAACAUGUAAGAGCUGAAAGGAACUUGCUAGCUGAAGUAGCUAGCCAUUAUAUUGUCAAACUCUUCUACUCAUUUCAAGAUACUGAAUAUCUUUACCUAAUAAUGGAAUAUCUUCCUGGAGGAGACAUGAUGACACUACUCAUUAGAGAAGAUACCUUAACAGAAAACGUGGCUAAAUUCUACAUUGCUCAGAGUGUUUUGGCCAUAGAGUCCAUUCAUAAACACAAUUACAUUCACAGGGACAUAAAGCCUGACAAUCUUCUCUUAGAUAAAGAUGGACACAUGAAGCUGUCAGACUUUGGCUUGUGCAAACCGAUUGAUUGUUCAAAACUUUCAACAUUAAAUGAAGAUGAACCCAUGAGUGAUGAGAAUCUUCGGGAUUCGAUGGAUAUUGAUGGUUCGUCUGAUACAAAUAAUGGUAACAGGUGGAGAAGUCCUCAUGAACAACUACAGCAUUGGCAGAUGAACAGGAGAACACUGGCAUUUUCUACAGUUGGAACACCGGACUAUAUUGCUCCAGAAGUAUUAUUAAAGAAAGGAUAUGGCUUAGAGUGUGAUUGGUGGUCCUUGGGUGCAAUAUUGUAUGAGAUGCUGAUUGGUUAUCCACCAUUCUAUUCUGAUGAUCCAAUAACUACAUGCCGAAAGAUUGUGCAUUGGCGAACCUAUUUAAGGUUUCCAGAAGAUGCAAGGUUGUCUUCUGAGGCCAAGAGUCUUAUUUGUAGAUUAUUGUGUGAUGUUGAGCACAGAAUUGGCAGUGGAGGGGCAGAUCAAAUAAAGGCUCAUCCUUGGUUCAAAGAUAUUAUUUGGGACAAACUUUAUGAAAUGGAUGCAGCAUUUAAACCUGAAGUUCAUGGAGAAUUGGACACUCAUAACUUCUUGAAGUUUGAUGAAUUGGAUCCUCCUACUCCAGCUAGAACCGGUUCUGGGCCUACGAGGAAGAAGGCAUUUCUAAAACCUGAAGAUUUUAGCUUUGUUGGAUAUACUUACAAGAACUUCGAUGCUGUCAAAGGGUUACAUAAAUGCCUUGAUAAGAGGAGGAGUAUGUCACCUAGGAGGCCAUCACUGGACACUAUAUUCGGCAACUCGGUAAUGGAUCGUGCAACAAAAUCAAAUGGAGGGAAAUCCGAUGUGGACAUGAUUUCCUUAGGCGACGCUGUGACUCCGUAGCUUAUAAAUUUGUUAUCUGGACUCUCCCUAUCACUUGCCUGCUCAUUUUAUGUCAGGCUGCCCGAUUACCUGGUCCUGAUACUCAAUUGACAUUUUGUAGCAUCGUCGACUUUUAGUUAUACAACAGUGCACGAAUGAUGUCGGUUAAAGCAAGUGACUUGUGUGGCAUUCAAGGUCCAUCCUGCUAUUUGGGUUUAGGUGCAUUUGUCCUGGCUGCCCAGGUCAGCAGAGAUUAUGCUUUCUCUUGCGGCAGUUCUCAAUAUGGUUUUCGCCUUGAAGUCACUGCCUCAACUCACCAAUAUAAUAGUUGUUUGAUUCGUGUCGUGAAACCGUUGUUUUCCAAUUAAUGGUGUGUUUUGAUGAACAAAGAGUUCAAUGAGAUGCCCGAUUUUGCCUA